AUGGUCAAGAAGAGGGCGAACAACGGUCGCAACAAGAAUGGCCGCGGCCACGUCAAGCCCGUGCGCUGCUCCAACUGCGCUCGUUGCACUCCUAAGGACAAGGCGAUCAAGAGAUUCACCAUCCGCAACAUGGUUGAGUCCGCUGCCAUCCGUGAUAUCUCUGACGCCUCCGUUUUCACCGACUAUGCCGUCCCUAAGAUGUACCUGAAGCUGCAGUACUGCGUCUCCUGCGCUAUCCACGGCAAGAUCGUUCGUGUCCGCUCCCGGGAAGGUCGUCGUAACCGUGCUCCUCCCCCGCGUAUCAGGUACAACAAGGACGGCAAGAAGCUGGCUCCCCCUCAGGCCGCCAAGGCUAUGUAA